AUGGCGUUUUCCAACCUCAAUAAUAAUGGAGGAGGAGGACUCUCAGCAGCGGACGAGGAUCGCGAAGAGGAAGAGAUGAUGGGAUUGACAUCUCCGAGUAGUAGCAGCUCACCAGCAGCAACCCCAGGCUCUCCGUAUGUGCGACGGGCACAACGUUUACAAAGCAACGCAGAUGAAAAGCCUUUGCAGCAGCAGUAUCACUUGUCUCGUAUACUAGAUGGUCCUGAGGAAGCUGCAGAAGCUGCAGCUGCUGAGUCUACUGCAGCCUAUGCAACAAAUCGUGGGGACAUUGACGAUGAGGAAGACGACGAGGCCGCAGCUAACGCUACAAGAUUUGUGGCUAAGCGAUUCAGUGCCCUUACAGAAGAACACAUUGCCAUUCUUUCCAGCUUCAAUCAGCAGCAGUUACUUAGAGUCGUUGAUCAACUAUGUGAAAAGCCACGGCCACUAGACGGCGUACUCGACAGCGUGGCAGCCGACGUCGUCUCUAACGUCCGAAAGGUGGCUGAGCAGCAGCGGCGAGCAGAUGUGCAGACGGAUGCAGAAACGGACAAGGCAGUUGCUGCUGCUGCAGCUGCAGCUGCUGGCGCCCCUCAACCAGCCAGCUUGCUCCGCGGUCUAAACAGCGGCAGUGCGAGCUGCGCUGGGGAAGCUCUACCGCAUGACUACUUCUUUCACGUUGCACGAUUUGUUCCUCUCAGACUCACAUUUGAAGAACGAAUUUUUUUUCGACUGUUGGAGAGUACACUGGAGGUCUCCGAGUAUACAGACAGAAUUGACAUAUUGUGUGGAGGCAAUAGGGCACGGCGAAUGGCACGAGAAAUUCGCCAAGUCUGCGCCGUUCUGUCUGGCCUAGCGCUGGCGCAUAAUUACGAGGACGGACAGAGACUCGUCAGGGAUCAUGACUUCGUAUCAAACAGGGCAUUUUUUCAGACCGUUUUUGAGGUGGGAAGACGCUACAAAAUACUCAACCCUGAGCGCAUGCGCAGCGCUUACGGCAAACUCAUAUACCUCCUUAUGGAUGCUAAGAAACCCGAAGUUCAGCAGCUUUUGCAAUUUGAUUGUGUCAUUCCAGUCCACACGGUGUAUUCGCAACUCGCGGGGAAGCGCCGUGGUCUAGAACUCCUUCGAGACCCUCUUGUUCGCGUCGCCACGAUGGAAAUAAUGCCAGAGGGCAAAAACAGACAUCUUAUUCAGAGAGAAAAAGAGAAGCAAAACGCGAUCAAAACGUUGGCGAGGAAAUACGCAGGGCGUGAAUCUCAGAAGCCUGCGCAGGGUUUCUUCGGUCUCCGACUUUCAUUUUUCCAGCGUCAAGACAGUUGUUGCGGCCAUGGAGAGGAUGAAGCAGGAAAUCCAAUAGGCCCUGCUGCAGUGCGGGAGAACGAUGCCUCUUCGGAUGCUCUUACUGUCGAAGAAAUUGAACAGUGUCUUUAUUCUCUGGGUGAUUAUAAUAGCUACUUGCGUUUCAACCGGGAGCCUUGUGACCGCAUGAUCAACUUUCUGCGUCAAUACUUUGAUCCUGCGGAGCCGGAAGAAGGUUAUUCCUUGGCUAUAUCAUCUGGCUGCGGAGGUGCCCGUCUCACACAUUCUCACAGCCGCCAGUUCGUCUUCGUGCUGCAGUCACUCACACUGUGGAGGGAAGUUUGCGGCGAAAUGUUUGUUCUUUGGCAAAUGGCAGAGGCAGACAUGCUGCAGAGUGGCAACUUGUAUAGACUACGAGAUACUGGUCAAGGGCUCAACCGAGUGCAGGAGUGCCCCCGCGUGAGCCGGGCGAUGCAUGCGAUUUUAGAGCGCGUGCAGCGUCUCACUACGCAGUGGGUCGGUUCUGCAGUCGUUCAUCUCGGAGAUCAUAACGUCCCUAACGCAUUAAUGUUCAUAGAUAAGUAUACUCAGGUACCCCGUAUUCUCGCACCAGUUGUGCUGUGCUUGGAAAAAUUGCCUGAGUUGUAUGAGUCCAAGCCCGCGAUGCGCAACUACUUCGACAAUCAGUUUGGAGGGCUACAUGCGCUCAGGAAGCGCAUAUUGUGCGACUUUUUUCGCCACGCCUUCGACGGCAGCGGAGCAGACAACUUCUUCGAUGCGGGCAGCUGCAUCGACGGGCGAUUGACAAGUGCGUGGAACUGGUGCUCCACGAUAGAACGAAAGUCGUUUUUUCCUGCUUUUCUCCUCACUGGCUUCCAAGGCUUUGAUGGAAAGUUCUGA